ACAGAACCAAGCAGCCUUCCUCACGGCGCGUGCACUUCGGGGAUUGUGAAAUCACUUGCGAGCUGCCGUGCAGCAUGAUGGGAAAUUUAAUCAUCGACAAUUAGUGAAUGCUGGGAAGCCUCCGUCAUGCUAGUCGUCCCUUCGAAUCAGGAAUUAAUGCAGAUAUCAGUGAAGGAUAAACGUUCAGACUAGGAUGGAAGUAUUUGGGUCUUUCCUUCCUUUCAUUGUGACGUCAGGCCUGCUGCUGCCUGGGGUGAAUGGUUAUCCAGAUUUCAAAUCAGAGAUUCCAAAUGGAGAUAAAGUUCCGGAUCCCUGUAAUAAAGAUAAAUUAUGGUCAGGUGUUGGGCAUUUAAAGCCCGGGGGCGGAGGUCCCAGGAACCCGUUCGGCAUAAUGUUUGCAAGCAACGGAAAGACCUGGGCGGGGAUUGUGUGUGACUCAGAUUCUGAUGGGGACGGUGUCACGAAUGGAGCGGAGCUAGGCGAUCCUGACUGUGAAUGGGUUAAAGGUCAAAGGCCUAGUAGAACACAGAACAUCACUCAUCCAGGUAUCUGUGAGCCUCUGGAUAGUGAACACUGCAGAAAGAAAAACUCCUGGUUGUCUUGUCCUAAAGAAGAACGUAAAGAAGACUCCUUCUGUCCAGAAUUUUCCCAACCAGAUGUGAAAACUCUGGAUCUGAAGUUAGAACGAACGACAGUACCGUCCACUACAAGCACAUGGAUGUGUCAAAUACUACCAUGGCCAGUAGAGGGAGACUUUCACGUGAUCGGUAGCAAGCCUCGUAUUGACAAUGAUGACAUCACACAUCACAUCGUCGCCUUCGGAUGUUCCGGAAAUGUCCGCAUGAAGGAAGGGCCUUACGAGUGCAGAAUGACUCCUGACAGACAAUGUCAGGAUAUUCUUCUGACGUGGACAAUGGGAUCCCGAGGGGAGUGCUUAUACAGGAACGAGGGGUUCCGAGUGGGUAACAACGGCUACAAAUUCAUCGCUCUACAGGUACACUGGAAUAACCCCAAACAGACGGCGGGCUACACGGACGCUUCCGGUUUACAGAUAUUCUACACGAGUAAGAAGAGGCAAUUUGACUCCGUGAUCAUGGCUGUGGGUCAGCAAUAUUUGGCUAUUCCACCAAACACCCUCGGUGCUGUUUUCAACUCAUCAUGUACCGCCUUUUGUACCGAAAACAUGUUUCAGAAACCGAUCUACGUCACCAGGGCUGUCAAUCAUAUGCAUUUGUUAGGAAGAAAACAGAGGAUCAGUAUUUACAGGGAGGGACAGUUUGUUAAGGACCUCACAAACGAUCAGAAAUAUGACUAUAACUCACCAAAGUUCUACAGGUUUGAUCCACCUGUUGAAAUUCGGCCCGGGGACGAGAUCCGCACCACCUGUACAUACUCCAGUAUUGGAAUCAACAGCACUACUUACUUUGGCAACAGUGUAACAGACGAGAUGUGCUACGGCUUUCUGACUUAUUAUCCGAAACAGAAAUCCUACACUCAGUUUUGUACGUCAUUCAAGAACGUGCUUCUGUGCAAGCGUUAUCUUCCUCGUCUACAAGGUAUUUAUGACAAUUGUCCAUGGAAGAAUUUUCGAGAAGGAACAGACGCAGCAGCAGCAAAUCUCACAAAGCAAAUCACGUCAGAAUGCACAAAUAAGACCUCUUGUUCCAGAGCAUGCGCCGAGGCGGUAGAAAAACUGUCAAAGCACCCAUGUUUGCAAGGGGAAAUUCGGGAUUACAUUAUCGCACGUUGGCGACUGAGCCAGCAGUUCAACGCUUAUGUUGAAAUGUGUAAGGACAUCAUAUCAACAGAACCAUCCUACACAGGCGCGAACAGAUCCAAUUCUAACAGGGUGUAUUGUCGUCACACAAACAUUGUUAUCUUAUCGAUGGUAUAUCUAAUUGGUAAUUUAAUUGUGUAUUCUUAAAAAAAUAUUCUAUAUCAAUAACUUUACAAACUCUGUCUAUAUGUAAACAACUUUCAUUAACACAGUAAAGAAAUACUUUACAAAACCUGCUUAUAUAUAAAAAGCUUUACAAAACAAGUUUAAGAACCACGAUGAAAUCUGAAAAUAGGCAACAACGAAACACCAUGAAUAGGUAUGAUAUCAUUUUAGGUGAAUUAGCAUUCUGAUAUCAAACAAUUUACCAUACAUAACAAGAAACAUAUUUUACUGUUUAAGGAACAAUUCGAUGAUUUCCUGUGUAAAUGUAGUAUAACUUUACUUAUCAUUUUCCUCCUUAUAAUCAAAGCUGAGAGAGAGAGAGAGAGAGAGAGAGAGAGAGAGAGAGAGAGACUAAAAAAGAGCUGGUAUAAUUCAUCAUUUGGCUCACUCUUGACAGAUAAGAUAAGAUAAGUUUAUUCCAAUUUUGGGCCCAGAGGGUUUAUGUGUAUUUCUGUAUGUUUAGAAUGUGUGUCAGGCUGCUCUGCGCUAUGUUUCCCUUGUUUAUAUCUGGUUGUCCCCCUUGUUUAUGUCUGGUUGUCUCCCUUCUUUAUAUCUGGUUGAGGCCCUUGAUUUGUCUUGUUGUUCACCUUGAUUUGCCUGGUUGUCCCCCUUGUUUAUAUCUGGUUGUCUCCCUUGUUUAUAUCUGGUUGUCCCCCUUGUUUAUAAUCAAUCACAACUUCUUUCACCUACACCAUGAAGUUGAAGUAGGCAAACUUUGCGUGUCAAAACAAGUACUAGUACCUGGCGCGGAUGCUCAUUGGUCAAACUUCACGUGUCACAACAAUCACUGUCGCAGAUGCUCAUUGGUCAAACUUCACGUGUCAAAACAAUUACUAUCGCAGAUGCUCAUUGGUCAAACUUCACGUGUCAAAACAAUCACUGUCGCAGAUGCUCAGUGAUUAGAGCGUUUCAUGGGUUCCCCUUGGUAGUUCGCUCAUACCUUAACCGCGCCGAACUGAAGACGUAAAGAUACGUAGUGAUUGUUCCUUUGUCAAUCGCGAGUUGCUGGUCUAACCCUCCCCCUUGCUGUAACACCCCCCCCCUUGUUGUAAAGCCCGGAGAGAUAGGCUAAGUCUGCUGUCCAAUCCCAUCAAAUUAUUUGAAUAAAUAUUGUUUAAACAAUGGAACCUGUGUAAAUUGGACGCUUCGCGAGCCGAAACGUUCGAUAAACUGUACACAUAUUUCAGCUCUGAACUUUGAUUUAUGUUGUAAAAGGAAAAAUGUACUGUAUAAAUGAUUUUGUCAAAUCGGAAAAUUAAAUCAUGCUACCAAGUAUAAUCGCAUUAGGCAAGAUCAGAAGAAAAAGCGUGAGCGUGUAUCAAUAGGGACGUUCGAAAGAAAAA